AUGACUCAGUUUGCGAGAGCUUGUCGUGAUGCAGGCGUGAAACCUCUGUAUCAUCCUUUCUGGGAGGAACUCCCGCACUGCAAUAUCUAUCACGCGAUCACGCCAGAUGUCCUCCACCAAUUGUACCAAGGCCUGGUCAAGCAUCUCAUUGCCUGGAUUAAAUCAGCUUGCAGCGAGGCAGAAAUAGAUGCGCGCUGCAAACGGCUCCCUCCAAACCACAACAUCCGCCUCUUCAUGAAAGGCAUUUCAGUGCUGUCACGAGUCAGUGGAACGGAACACCAGCAAAUAUGCCGAUUUCUACUUGGCAUCAUCCUUGACGUCCGUUUGCCCGACAACGCUUCCGCUGUUAGACUUGUCCGUGCUGUACGCGGGAUACUCGACUUUUUGUAUCUCGCUCAAUACCCAUGUCACUCUGAUUCAUCUUUAGAGCUCCUCCGUGAUGCGCUCAAUUGUUUUCACGACAAUAAAGCUAUCUUCGUCGAUUUAGGAAUCCGUGCGUCGUUUAACCUCCCAAAACUCCAUUCUUUCCGGCACUACGUCUCAAUGAUUCGUCUGUUUGGAACUACGGACAAUUAUAACACCGAAUAUACCGAACGACUGCACAUUGACCUGGCGAAGGAUGCGUAUCGUGCGACUAAUCAUAAGGACGAAUACAUGCAAAUGACUCUGUGGCUCGAACGACGAGAGAAAAUCAUGUGGCAUGAUAAAUUCAUUCAAUGGCGACUCAGACUCCAGCUGAACCCCCAAUCACAUCAUCCCCUACCCCACUCCGACGUCAUAUAUUCCCGACAACUGAAGGUGGCGAAGCAUCCGUCCGUCAAACGAGUGCCAUUGGCAUCACUAGCCGAACAUUAUGGCGCACCACACUUUCAGGCCGCAGUGGCGCAUUUCAUAGUCCAAGUCAUGCACCCCAAUUUGUCUGCGAGGCAGUCUGAAGAUGCGGCCUGCGACAUCACCCUUCCAUUCCAGUCAGUAUCAGUCUUCCACAAAGUCCGUUAUGGUGCUGUUCAUGAUGAUGGUAGCAUGGUAAACAAUGAUACUGUCGACGCAAUCCACGCACGCCCUGUGCGACACGAUGGCCAUGACAGGAGAGUGCCUGCAAGGUUUGAUACGGCACUUAUUAAUCUAGGCAAUGGCAACAAAACGGGCGUGGAAGGAUAUCGUGUCGCGCAAGUUCGUGUCAUAUUCGCACUGUCAGCCAAUGUCAAGCGGGCUUUAUUUCACAAGGUUAAUGUCCCUGAUCACCUUGCAUAUGUCGAGUGGUUCACGCCCUUCCCUGCCACCCCAAACGUUAAUCAUGGGAUGUAUAGCAUCUCGCGCGCACUUCAGGAUGGUGAGAGGCAAGCAAGCAUUAUUCCUGUGCGUAAUAUUCGCCGCUCGGUGCACUUAAUUCCUAAGUUUGGUGCGGUGGCCCCGCGUGAGUGGACUACGAGCAAUGUGUUGGAUCAGUGUAGUACAUUCUUUGUUAACAACUUUACUGACAGAGAUGCGUAUGUGACUAUAUUGUAG